AUGGAGUUCGAGGCGCCGGGCACGGUUCGCUCCACACCGAGUCGACACGAAAAAAGUUUGGGGCUCCUCACGAUGAAGUUUGUGGGUCUGCUGCAGGAAGCGAAGGAUGGCGUCCUGGACCUGAAAGUGGCUGCAGACAGUUUGGCAGUGAAGCAGAAGAGGAGGAUAUACGACAUCACAAAUGUCCUGGAAGGUGUGGGGCUGAUAGAGAAGAAAAACAAGAACAUUAUCCAGUGGAGGGGUGAGAACACAGGGAGCCAAACUCAAGAGAUGCUGGAGCAGGUGAAGGUUUUGAAGGCACAGAUCUCUGAGCUCGAGGCCCAAGAGAAGGAGCUGGACCAGCAGAAGGCCUGGCUGGAGGAAAACAUCAAACACCUGAACCACGUUCCCAUCACCAGCACUUACAAAUUUGUGACACAUGAAGACGUCUGCAGGGCCUUCAGCGGCGACACUCUUCUUGCCGUUGUGGCUCCUGCUGGGACGCAGCUGGAAGUUCCAUUGCCCGAAAUGGGACAGAGCGGUCAGAAGAGGUACCAGGUGAAUCUACGCAGCCACUCGGCUCCCAUCCACGUCAUGUUGAUCAACAAAGAUUCAGACUCCACGAUACCCGUGGUGUUCUCAGUGCCGCCGGCCGACGACAUCUGUUCGAUGCCGACCCCGCCCAGCACCCCCGCCAGCCUUCAGAGGUUCUCCCUCUCCACAUCCAUGUACUCCAGCUCCAACACCACUUCCUCCUUCUGCAGCCAGGACUCCCUCUGCUCAGACCACCAGAUGGCGCUGCCAGAACAUGAAGUGCUGUCGAUGUCGUCCACCCCACCUGAAGCGCAGAUGGAGUGUCAGCCUGUGGCAGUGCUGGAGCAGAAGCAGAUGGACCUGGCGGGCUCGGAGUUCCAGUCUGUGCUGGAUGUGAACAGCCUGCUGGUGCUCAGCGCUGCUGGAGACAACAUGAAGGACGACAGAGACACUGCUGUUGAUCUGAUUGAUGAGCUCAUGUCUGCUGAUGGAAUGGACUACAGCUUCAAUCUGGACGACAGCGAGGGCGUGUGUGACCUGUUCGACAUGCAGAUCCUAAAUUACUGA